AUGGCAAACUUCCUAUCAGCUCUCCUCGUGCUCUCUGCGUCCAUCUUUUCCACCUAUGCUUCACCUCUGUCUUUUUCCACUCGCGAGAACUCGGGUGUUACUCCCUUGACAUCGGAACAAGUGUCUGCAUUCAAGCCAUUCACGUUCUAUGCAAGUUCUGCUUAUUGUCAACCGACAACAACGAUUAAUUGGACUUGCGGAACUACUUGCGAACAAAAUGCCGGGUUUAUACCGACAGAUUCAGGAGGAGAUGGAACGGAUACGCAGUUUUGGUUCGUUGGCUUUGAUACUGCCCUCAACUCUGUCAUUGUUGCACAUGAAGGAACGAACGCAUCUUCCCUUGUGGCAUGGCUUACAGACUUCGAAUUCGCCAUGGACAAUCUCGAUCCGAACCUCUUCCCUGGUGUACCUACUUCCGUGUUGGUACACAGUGGAUUCGCUGCUGCACAUGCACGUGCGGCUCCGGAGGUUCUCUCUGCGGUCAAUAAGACACUUUCCGAGCAUCCGGGAGCUUCCGUAUCGAUAACCGGCCACUCUCUAGGCGGGGCACUUGCCCUUCUCGAAUCUCUCUUCCUGCCUUUGCAUCUUCCGGCGGAAACGAACUUCAAAACCGUCACAUACGGUAUGCCGCGAGUGGGAAACAAAGCAUUUGCCGACUACGUCGAUGCGCACGUUACGAGUCAAUCUGGUGGUACGGGACUGACGCAUAUAAACAACAAAAAGGACAUUGUCCCGAUUCUGCCGUUGAGAACCAUGGGUUUCCUGCACCCGAGUGCAGAAGUGCACAUCCAGGCGUCAGAAGAAUGGGAUGCAUGCUCCGGUCAGGAAAAUCCGUCGAAGUUGUGCACAGAUGGUGAUGUGCCCAAUAUUCUUGAAGCGGAUAUUCCAGACCAUGAUGGGCCAUAUGACGGUGUUAUCAUAGGCUGUUAG